GGGGGAUGUGCUCAGGGUCAAUGCAUCCUGGAACACAAACUCCGCUCUUGAAUCCCCGUCACGUCAUCGCCGUCUCGUGGCUUGUGAGUGUGUAGGCCACUCGCAAAAACCCGAAAGGACCGAUAAAUACGACACACAUCAUCAAUUUAUUUGACAUAAAUGGCGGCCGAAGGCGAAUAUGAGUCAAUCCUGUGCGUUAAACCCGACAUCAAUGUUUAUCGCAUACCACCGAGGGCUACAAAUCGUGGAUACAGGGCAGCAGACUGGAAGCUGGAUGUGCCCGAUUGGUCAGGGCGCAUGCGGAUCACGGCGAAGGGCAAAGUGGCCUACAUCAAACUGGAAGACAAGGUCUCAGGAGAGCUGUUCGCCCAAGCCCCUGUCACAGAGUAUCCCGGCAUCGCAGUUGAAACCGUAAGCGACUCCAGUCGCUACUUUGUCCUGCGAAUACAGGAUGACAAUGGCCGCAGUGCGUUCAUUGGUGUUGGAUUCGGGGACAGAGGGGACUCUUUUGACUUCAACGUGUCUUUGCAGGACCACUUUAAGUGGGUGAAACAAGAGAAUGAGAUCAGCAAAAACCCUCAGGGGGCAGCUUCGGGACCAAAGCUGGACUUGGGAUUUAAAGAAGGACAAACCAUCACCCUUAAUAUUGGGCAAGGCAAAAAAAGAGAUAAGCCACGCUCACAGGGGGCAGGUGGGUCUGGUCUCCUUCCACCGCCACCAAAAGGCAAGAUGGCUCCUCCUCCUUCCUCUACCUUCUCCAAUCACAACACAGUGCCUCAAACAGGAGGCCCAGAGAUCGGCUGUUUGCUAGAUCUGGACAGUAGUAACUCCAACACUGUGGUCCAAUCAUCUAAUCUCAGCACUGCUCUUUGGGGAGACUUCUCCACUCCUGCAAGUUCUCUCCCCCCAACAUCGCGACAACAGCACACUCUGAAUUGGGGCCAGUUUUGAGUCCACGUCACGGCAUGUUUUUUUUAUUUGAUUCCAUCGCUGAACACACCGCCUCCCUCUGUCACUACAAUACAACAGAAAACUGUCCAAGAGGCAAGGAACACCAUGCACUUCUAGAAUGUCUUUAUCAAAACUAUGAAUGAGUGUAGGCUAUAGUCUCCUCCCAAAGUAAAAAAUAAUAAUGAAGUCAGAUUUUGGAUGAUAAUAAUGCAAAUCUAUUGCACAUAUUCAAUGUUUUGGCAUAUGAGAUUUAUGGUAGGUCUUCAAUACCGCCUAAGGGCUAUGAUGAUAGAAUCUUCAAUUUCUUGUUGUCACAGGAAUAGGAGCAAUAUUACAGUACUGCUUUUUACCCAGAAACGGUGCCCUCUUGUUAAUGUUUACCUAAUCAUCACGACAUGCUUGAUUUAUAGAGGGCAACACAUAGGGAGACGUCCUUUCCCAUAUGAUUUUCUUCUGAUCAUAAUAGGGAAAAGGAUUUGUAGUAAUUAAUUGCUAGGACAGUAGCUCAAUUCCGUUUUCUCCUCAGUGUGCAUUUGUUCACUCCCCCUCAAGGAUUUAAAAGCAUUGGAUUAGUGUAUGCAUUGGCUGGAGGGAGUCUACCAUAUUCCUUAUGAUUGCAUACAAACUAUAGGCGAUUUUUGGGAGAACGGGGAGAAACGGAGUAGAGCUCAUAUUGAUGAAUGUAUCUGUUACCAUUGUACUGACCACCUCACACACUGGGCAUUUUUUGAAGAGAGAAGAGCAUGUAUCUGUGUUUACUUUUUGGAGGACUUGACAGAGCACUCUACAGUCCAUUUGUAGGUUGGUAGUUGUGAUGUAGUGUACAUUGGAUGAAAAAUGGGUUAAAAUGCAUACUUGUAAUGAAAAGAAUGACAAGUAAAUCGGUAUAAAACUAACAAUAUGCUCAAAAGUGCUAUUCAUUUGUCUGUUUAUGAAAUAAGUAGCCUGGGAUGCUAGAUCUGUGUUUGUCUAUUCCUUUAUCAAUAGCCAAUGCAGAAACCAAUCUGGCAACCAGGCUGUGAAAUAUGAUUGUCUAACAGUGUAAUUUGAUGAAUGUAUGACAACUCCAGCUAUUGUUGGGGAGGAUGUGCUGCUGUUUAUUGAUGAAUGUAUGACAACUCCAGCUAUUGUUGGGGAGGAUGUGCUGCUGUUUAUUGAUGAAUGCUGUUGGAAGUGAAUGACUGAAGUUGCCUCAUGUCAAUAGUGUUUGUUUACCUUCCCCAGAACAUGGUUUCACAUGGCUCUGUCACUGGAUGCGUACUUAUGAUUUAUUGCCUUGGUCCUCAUUACUCAUCAUGACAUGUGAAAGUGGCAAUAAAAACCUUCAAAAGGA